AUGCACGGGCGCGAUGAACGGCGCCAACCUGAUGCUCUCCACCGCCUCCGUCGCAAUGUUGAUGUCUUCAUCGUCCGUGCCAGAGACGCUGCUGUUUCUCUUUAUACAAUCAGCCACUUCCACGACUAUGAUGUGAGCGCUAGAGCGUCGCAGUGUGACAUUGCCAGCAGAUUGUUUGCUGUCGUGGGCGCCGUGUCGUCCCUGAGCACCCAUCUCUCCGCCCCCCAGCAUCCACUGCUUGAUGCGCAGAACGUUGAAAUCCUCUCAAACUGCAUCGUCGCAUGUACAUUUGUAUUGGAGUGUAUUGAUAUUGCCCUGAAGAGCGCAGACGAAAUCUUCAAGCCGGGCUCUACACUGAGGCGCUCGGCGGCAGGUCGCAGAAUUCUAGCGUUCACACCGGACGCGGCAAUUGAUGCACAGGACGCGCUGCAGUCUUGCUUUCACAUUGUUACGAAGAUGACCAUCGCUGCGAGGAAGCAGGACCUUGAUCGCCGUGGGUACCUCACCGAUCAAGAGACAAUCGAGGGCCUUCGCCUCACUGAAGCGUUCCGACACCCAGACUUUCACGCACUACUAGGUUCCAUGGAUUCCCCCGCACGUUCAGGGCAAGCAGCCCCGCAGGCUACAAAUAUCCCAUCGAUCCUCAAGGGCUCCUUCCCACUCCACGCACGAGCUUUGGCGUCUCUACCUCAACCCUACGAUCGGGCUCAACUACAAGCGAAGAACGACGGACCGAUCUGGGCCCUCAAUCAGUGCCCUCCCGAUAGUUCGGCUUUCUUCAACAACAAGAACGAGCAGUGCCAGAUACAGUCUGUCAUGGCAAGCGAACGUGGGAAAACCGAAGAGUUGCCGCCUCCUACAGAGGCGACGGAGAAUACGCCGGCGUCUUGGCGGGAGAAUACUCCGGCUUUCGAGCUCGAUAAAGGUGCUGGUGCUAGCAAGACCGACGUUGAUGGGCUUACAGCUAGUAUGCUCGAUAUAGGAGUGACCCAGUCCAAGGAGGCUUCUGAAGCAAGCAAAGGUCCAGCUUCGAGCAAUCAGGCCCAGGAAAAAGACCAGCUACCAGCUUCAACACAGAGUACCACCAGCAAACCGGAAGUUGGAAAGACUUCCUCAACAUCCGUGUUCGGACCUCUCCACCACUUGGAAGCAUACAUCCUCCGACCACACAUGCAGACAUUCAACGACUAUAUCACAUGGUCCCCCACGAUUGAACGUCUCCAUCUCGACGAGAGUGCAAUACAAGCCCACGUGAACAAGCUCGGUCCCGACUACUCUCUCAUCGACGCAGUGGGCGAGCUGCUCCCGGAACAAGUCCGUCUCGUACAAGCCCGCACUAAGUCUCGCCAUGGUCGUCUCGUCUCUCUCCAACAAGGGACACCGGCCGAUAUGGUUACGCAGAUGGGCACGUUCCAGAUCAAGCCUGUCAUCUUCAUCAUCACCACUGCCGCUCUCCCGGAGAAAGAGGGUAACGCGAUCACUCCUGCUUCUCUUCCUGAGGUGACGAAGCCAAUGUUCAGUGGGAAUACUUGGCCCUGGCUAUCAUUCGCCGCACCUGCGCCAGUCCCUGCUGCACCGGUCACCACCAACCUAUUCCAAGCAAACAAAGUUUCGCCUAUGUAUGGAAUGUCCUUUGACUCAGCCAAUGCACACUAUGCCUACCUGCAAGAGCGCGGAGAAGACUGCUUCCUGGUAGAAAAGGAUGGCAUCAACCCCCAUAAUAUCCAGCGAUACAUGACCAUUACAACAGGAGAUCGGUACUCUCGACCCAGGUAUGACCGCUCUCUCGAGGAGCUGAGGGUGGAAGAUUACAAGGCUGGGCGCACCGGGCCGAUGAAGACAAAUGGUUUGCAUCCGUGGGAGAAUCGGAUCACGCGUGAGGUGGGCGGGAAUCCUUUUGGAGAUCAGUAUUCGCACUUCAGAAGCGGUGUUGCAUCUGGCGUCCCUGCUGCACCUCAUGUUCCUCCUCCAGCGAAUCACGGCCUGUUUGGAGGCAUUCCUCCUGGUGAAAGUCUGUUUGGCGGAAUGCCUGCUUCGACUGGCGGAUUGUUUGGUAAUAGGGUGCCCUCCAGCGAGCCGCUUUCAUGCAACGGCCACGUCCCAAACGCCUCGAUUCGCCCGCCCAACGAGGGCCCUCCCCAGGCAACUGGAAGUGUAUUUGGGCGCCCCUCUCUCUUUGCUGGCUUGGACACGCAAAACAAUACCGGUGGAGGUCUCUUUGCUGGGUUGGGUACGCAAAACAAUGCGCGUGGAAGUCUCUUUGGACAGCGUGCAACCUCGAAUCAAGGAGUCUUUGGCACAGCCGCCCCUGCUCCAACUAGUAACGGCUUGUUUGGGCAGUGUGCAAACACCACAUCAACAAGCCUUUUCGGUGCACCGCUUGCUCCUACAUCAGCUAGCAGCUUAUUCAAAACUACGCCUACGCCUGCGCCUCCGUCUAUCAGUCUUUUCGGCGCAGCGCCCACAGUCUCCUCCUGCAGUCCGCCUCGUCCAUCUACUGGACUCUUUGGCCCAGCAUCUGCCUUCUCCACUGGCCCUGGCCUGUUUGGAAACACAACGAAUGCUCCGACCAUCGGCGUCCCUGGAAAAUCUCAGACUACCCCGUCCAGCUUUUCUGCCGUGCCUCGGUCGAGCUCUCCGUACAGCUGGGCUACAUCUCCAUCUAACGGUGUAAAUGCACCGCCUAUAGUGGCAACUCCAUCCAACACUACCACUUUGUCAACGAGCAACCCGUUUACCCAGAAAGCGCCAACUACUACUGCCAACUCAGUAGCCAACAACCCCUUCGCCUCGGCGUCUCCUGUCCCACGUUCAGGCACCUCGAGAGCACUCUCGUUCUGCAAAACUUGCAACACGAGCCUCGCCUUCCACCCCGCAGCCGAAAAAUCCGCCGGCCAAUGCGAUGCAUGCAGCGGCAGCCGCGACGCGAACUGCUGGCUAUGUGAGCUCAAAGUCCGCACCAACGACUCGGGAGCUCAGUCUCAACCAAAGGACGAGGCUAGCGUGCCAAAGGCGGAAGAAGCACCGCUCCCUGUUCCCGGAAAUGCACCGGUCUAUUCACACUUUAGAAGUACGUUGGAAUCAGAGAACCUGUCGGGUCAGCGCCUGGCUGGGUCUGCACAAGUUGCUGCGCGUCGAGCUGCAAGUUCCACUGCGAAUGAGCAUGGGUCGGUCUUGACGCGGCCGCGUGUGAUGACUGUUGUAUCGCCGGGCGAUGACAAUGAUGGGAAUGUGUUUACCGGCUUCGGUGUGCCGUCGCUGCCGCUGUUGCAGAGUGGGCAUGAGAGCCCUGGCUCUGAGGUUGUGGAUCGGGUUGAUGAUGAGGGUAACGGCAAGGCGAAGGCAGAACGGGAGAAGGAUGGAGAGUAG